AUGUCACGAAAACAUCAGAGAAAGCAAUGCCUCCUCAAGAGAAGGAUUAUGGCCUCCAGAUGGACUCUAACGUGAUCAAGAACUAUCUGGGGUGAAACCCAGAGAGAUCUCAAAUGUUUAGCUACAAAGAUAGUAAUAUCACGAAGAGAACUUCUCGUAAUCAUCGGACUAAUCAGCUACCAAAUCCUAGAAGUGGGAUUUCUGAAACUCCUUGGACAAAGCUGACAAAAUCCAUUAACGGUAAGGUUUGGCUGAUUCUUAUGAAAUAUGGCACAGAAAAUUGAUGACAGUAACGGACUGUAUACCUCAUUUGACACUCAUCGAAACAAUUAUGCAGUAUUUUGAUGUAAAAUGUUUAGAAAAAUAGGAAAAAUUACAUCCGAAGGAGCUCAUUGAGCCUGCAUAAAGCAGGCUCAAAAAUCGGAUCGACUGAUAUCAGUAAUUAUCAUGAUAGUAUUUGCUCCAAAAUCAGAUUUAGAUAUGGUCAAUCUUGACCAGCUAAGACCGAUGCUAAUACAGAAGAAGAGCUCUGGCUCGCUGAAACACAUUCAGCACAAGAGGAACAAGACUGAAAUUUCUGAAAGCAUAUCACAGGCUCAAAAAGCAUCGAGAAAUUUUGUGAAAAAUAUUGAUGUUACGUUGCCAAAGCAUUCACAUAUCAUCCCACAAGACUCAGAGGAUCUUGAAAAAGUUAAUCACAGCACUGAGGUGAAGAUAAGUGGCACAGCUGGUCAGAAUUAUUCCUCUCAAACAAAGAGUUACCAGAAGAAGAAAAUUCAGAGAUAUGAGGAGGCUUAUCAGUCUUAUGAAAACCCAAAGAUACAGUUUACCUUCAAACUUGCUCAAGACCCCAAAAGGGAGAAUGAGUUUUACUUCUUACCAAUGAAUUACCCUGUGGAUUUCAAAUCAAGAGCCAGGAUGAAUAGCGAUCAGUUAUGUUCAUUCAUCAAGCAAAGAAAAAUCCAAGGAUCAAGAACACCAAUGACCUGAACUACAGAAUACAGGAGUACUCUUUUGAAGAUAGUAAGAGCAGCCAAUGCUCACUGCAAGAAUAUCUCAGUGAAGCACCCCAAAAGUCAAAAACCCUGAAACCCCAUUUUCUUAUAUUUAAUUGAAGCCAAUAUGUUCUGGAUUGUGACACAAGUGCUUAUAUUUACAGUAGACAUCUCCUUCCUUUUUGGUAGUUUUUAUGAUGAAAUAUUUGAAGACCGAGAAAUAAGAGCAUUUGUCAUUUUUGGCACCCUCCAGAUCCUAGGGGCUUUUAUGGUCUGGUCCCAUCUCGCCUGUAAGUUCUGUGAUCCAGGAGAGCUACCUAAGAACCAAAAUCACCUCAAUGAAGAUAGGCUUAAGGAAGAGAGCAAAGCUUUGUAUCUAAGGAUCAAAGACCGUAUUAUUCCAGAUGAGGAAUCGAGAGAUAUUAAUAAUCAGGAUACUUUAGAACCUUUUGAUCCUGAUAGGUAUGAUAUGACUUAUGAAGAAUACUUGCAGAUCAAAGAUGUUUUUAUAAACAAAUGCAACAUUUGAUGAUCUAAGAAGCCACCUCGGACACAUCAUUGUAGCACUUGUAAGAAGUGUAUCGCCAGGAUGGAUCACCACUGUCCUUGGGUUGGCAACUGUAUCGGUCAGAAUAACUAUAAGGUGUUCAUGUUGCUAAUUAUUUAUACAACUAUUUGAUGUCUAUAUGUCUUCGCAACAACAGUUACGCAGAUGGUGAUAUGUAUGAAGAAUAGCUGAUCACGAAACAAUGGGGUGCUGAUGGUGCUAAAUAUCUAUGUCCUAUGCAUAUCAGGCUUCUUCCUAAUUUUUGGCUGAUGAAAUACAUUCUCUCUUUGAGAGGACAUCACAGGGGAUACUACCAAAAUAGACAGGAUGAAAGGAAAUGAUUUUGAUAAUAAAAGAUCAUUUUGGAGAAACCUUCAGGAUAUUUUUGGAAAUCAAUGCUUUCUCUUGUGGUUCCUUCCAUUUUCAAGGGGAUUGCCCAUUAUCAUUGAAGAACAAUAUUAAUUGAUUCAAUAUUUAAUUCCGCA